ACACACACACACACACACACACACACCGCCACCUCCCCCUCCCCCCUCUUUUGCCUCUCGUUCUCGUCGACACCCUACCGCCAUGGGAAACUGUGCUUGCUGCAUCAACAAGAAGGCCGGCCCGACGCCGAGCGCGGCGCAGUCGUUGAACAUCGUGGCGCAUACGGCGGUGGGAGCAGGCAGAUUCAACAUCAAGAAGCGGUUCUUCCAGUCCAAGGAGCUCGGGACCAACGGGUACCUCUACCUUACCUCGGACUACAAGGUCGGCCUGCGGAUGACAGCAACGGGGUGCACGCCGGUCACCAUUCCUCACUUUGAGGUCCCGGCGGCGUACAUCGACACGGUCGCCGUCGCCAACGCGUGGCGCGAUGGCAAAACAAACGAUGACAUGUGUCUCUGCUGCUGCUGCUGCAAGGGCAUGGCAUUAGUCGAUGUCGCCGGUAUCUACACCGCCGCCACGCCGCCGCACGAUUCAUCGUGGGAGGGCAAGAAGUUCCACUUUGCCGUCGUCGUCUACCACGCCGAGUGGUGGGUCAACGAGAUCACCCGCAUGCGCGAUGAGGCCCGUCGCAUCCACUACACCGGCGCGGCGGCCGAGCCUGGUGCUGUGGCGGCGCCCGCCCCGCCGCCGUUCCAUCAAUCACCCGGUGGUGUUGGCGGCGUUGCAGUCGCCGUCGACCCGAACCACCGCCCCAAGCAGGCCUCGUACCCUGCACCUGCUGCCGCCGUCGCCUACCCCGCGCCUGCCCCCCCGGCCGUGCCGUACCCUGCCGACCCAAUCCCGCCCCCCGCAGCUCAUCCGUCCGCCUUUCCGGCAGCUCAUCCGUCCGCCGAUCCGAACGGUGGCGAAGCUCCGCCGCCGUACUCGCCGCCAUCUGCACCGCCCAAGUAG